GACUGGCUGUGUGGUGGGUCCCGAGAAGCUGAACCCAGACAUCAUGACAUUGUGGAAGUCUAGGUCAAAGAGCCCUGUGUCCAGCACCAGCCUUUCUUCUGUGGACAAACUCGAAGCUCUAAAAAGCUACGAUAGCACGCAAAUGGGAAAAUCAUCAAAUUGCAAACCUAGAGGCCUCUACUCUAACUUGGCUUUGGCACUAACCAACUGUGUUGCAAAUGGUUAUGAGCCUUAGAGUUUCUGAACUCCAAGUAUUGUUGGGCUACGCUGGGAGAAACAAGCACGGACGCAAACACGAACUUCUCACAAAAGCCCUGCAUUUGCUAAAGGCUGGCUGUAGUCCUGCUGUCCAAAUGAAAAUUAAAGAACUGUAUAGACGGCGAUUCCCCCAGAAAAUCAUGACACCUGCGGACUUGUCCAUCCCCAACGUACAUUCAAGUCCUAUGCCAGCAACUUUGUCUCCAUCAACCAUUCCACAACUCACGUAUGAUGGUCAUCCUGCAUCCUCACCGUUACUCCCUGUUUCUCUUCUGGGACCUAAACAUGAACUGGAACUCCCACAUCUUACAUCAGCUCUUCACCCAGUCCAUCCGGAUAUAAAACUGCAAAAACUGCCAUUUUAUGAUUUGCUGGAUGAAUUGAUAAAACCCACCAGUCUAGCAUCAGACAACAGUCAGCGCUUUCGAGAAACCUGUUUUGCAUUUGCAUUGACACCACAACAAGUGCAGCAAAUCAGUAGUUCCAUGGAUAUUUCUGGGACCAAAUGUGACUUCACAGUACAGGUCCAGUUAAGGUUUUGUUUAUCAGAAACCAGUUGUCCACAAGAAGAUCACUUCCCACCCAAUCUUUGUGUUAAAGUGAAUACAAAACCUUGCAGCCUUCCAGGUUAUCUUCCACCUACUAAAAAUGGUGUGGAACCAAAGCGACCCAGCCGACCAAUUAAUAUCACCUCACUUGUCCGAUUAUCCACAACAGUACCAAACACCAUUGUUGUUUCUUGGACGGCAGAAAUUGGAAGAAACUAUUCCAUGGCAGUGUAUCUUGUAAAACAGUUGUCCUCAACAGUUCUUCUUCAGCGGUUACGAGCAAAGGGAAUAAGGAAUCCGGAUCAUUCUAGAGCUUUAAUUAAAGAGAAAUUGACUGCGGAUCCAGACAGUGAAAUAGCUACAACCAGCCUAAGGGUUUCUCUACUAUGCCCACUCGGGAAAAUGCGGCUGACCAUCCCGUGUCGGGCCCUCACGUGUUCUCACCUGCAGUGUUUUGAUGCUACUCUGUAUAUUCAGAUGAAUGAGAAAAAACCAACCUGGGUGUGCCCUGUCUGUGACAAGAAGGCUCCCUACGAACACCUUAUUAUUGAUGGCUUGUUUAUGGAAAUCCUAAAGUACUGUACAGACUGUGAUGAAAUACAGUUUAAGGAGGAUGGAUCCUGGGCACCCAUGAGAUCAAAAAAGGAAGUGCAGGAAGUGCCUGCCUCUUACAACGGAGUCGACGGAUGCUUGAACUCCACGGUGGAGCAUCCAGUAUCUUCUCACCACCAGUCCUCGAGUAAAAACAAGAAAGUCGAGGUGAUUGACCUCACCAUAGACAGUUCAUCAGACGAAGAGGAGGAAGAGCCCUCUGCCAAAAGGACCUGUCCUUCUCUGUCGCCCACAUCACCACUCAGCACUAAAGGCAUUUUAAGUCUUCCACAUCAAGCGUCUCCAGUGUCCCGCACCCCAAGCCUCCCUGCGGUGGACACGAGCUACAUUAACACAUCCCUUAUCCAGGACUACAGGCAUCCUUUUCACAUGACGCCCAUGCCUUACGACUUGCAAGGAUUAGAUUUCUUUCCUUUCUUAUCAGGAGACAAUCAGCAUUACAACACCUCCCUCCUGGCUGCUGCAGCCGCGGCAGUUUCGGACGAUCAAGACCUCUUGCACUCGUCUCGGUUUUUCCCAUAUACCUCCUCGCAGAUGUUUCUCGAUCAGCUAAACACAGGGGGCAGUGCUUCUCUGCCCACCACCAACGGAAGCAGUAGUGGCAGCAACAGCAGUCUCGUGUCCUCCAACAGCCUAAGGGAGAGCCAUAGCCACACCGUCGCCACCCGGAGCACGGACACAGCCUCCAUCUUCGGCAUCAUCCCGGACAUUAUCUCGUUGGACUGACCCUGCCCCUGCUGCUCCGCCCCGACCCCAGAUUAAGUGAACUUGGCCAGAGAGGAGAACUUUGUGCUCUGUUUUACCCUAUUCUGUUUAGAAAAGUACGCAAGCGUGGUUUUUUGUUUUGUUUUGUUUUUUUUCCUUUUUUUAAGGAAAAAAAUUAAAAGAAUUGUACAGAGAACAAAACUAUAUUUUCAGUUUUACUUUUGUAUAUAAAUCUAAGACUGCCUGUCUGAUAAAACACUUGUUUAAAAAAAAAGGAGGGCGGGGGGGAAAGAAACAGAAAAAGAAAAAAAAUACCCAUAAACCACCUUCAGUUUAUUUUUUUCCCCCUGGAUUCUGAAGAUUUUCCUCGUUUGUCCUAUGGUUUGGGUUCUAUUUUACUUCCGACAAAUGGCAUUAUUUGCAAUAACAGAAGAGGAAUUGCAUGUAUGAAGUUUUAAAUUGUGGGCUUUUCUUUGUUGUGGGGAGGGGCUGUGGGGAGAUAGGUUUAAUUUCCAUUUGCUAAAAGUGAUUGUGUGUGUGUGUGUGUGUGUGUACGCGUGCACAUGCGCGCUCAUAUUUUAUCCAGCCUUAAGUUAUAACUCUCAUCUGUCCGACUGCAUUCCCUCUUAUUUCCAGGACAUAGCUCGUGGGGUGGGGAGGGGGUCAGCGUGUGUGUGUUUUCUUGUCAGCACCGUUCCUUCUCUUCCCAGGUUUGCAUUCGGUUGACUUGUCAGUUGCCUGCUUCUUUCAAAAAGUGCUUUGAAGGCCUUGAGCUUGCAUAUAAGCAUCUUUAUCAACUACCCCACUUGCAUGUUCUCCGUCACAUAUUCUCUUACAUGUUAGCUAUCCCGUGAGAAUAUGUUUUAGAGAUAAUGGAGUAAAGCUGUCAGGGUAAGAAUUAAGAGCAGGCUUUGCAGACCUGUGAAUAACAAAUACACUGUUCUAGUUCGACUUCUUUAUUCCGAAGCUUGAUCGCCAGUAUUGUGUAUUUAAGCAAAGUCUGGGAAGACCUGCUCUUUUGGCCACAGGGUAAUGAGUUUUCACGGAGGACCUUCAUACCAAAGUAGGAAGUAACAGUAGUUCAGAAAGCCCUGUUGCAUGUCUUGUACAGCUGAAAGAGGUAAAGUUACAUCAACUCAAAAAAGGAAGUCAGUAAAUUCUGCUUUGAAAAUACAGUGCACCACACCUGUCAGUCUUAGAAAUGUGCUACUUGAUAAACAGUUGAAAUACAAAAUAGGUGUGAACCUUAAUCAUAUUUUAUUCUCUACUUCUGAUUAACCUAGCUCCCUUAUUUGCUUUGUUUAUUCUCAUCUUUGAAAGGCAGGCAUGCCAUAGGAAAAUCACUUUUUCCCCUUAAGAAUCUCUGGAUCAGUCUGCUCUAUUCUUUGUAAUCACACAACGUGUAAAUAUUAUUAUUGAAAGCUGUUUUCCAAGGGAUGAGUGAGGGCUGGAGGGAAGGAAAAGUGGUUCUACUUGUGUCCCCAAAUCCUUAUCAGAGAAGGGAUUACAUUCUCAGGUGCGGAAAGUAUUUUUAUAGCUGAUUGAAAGUGCAUGUUUCACCAAAAAGAUAAAGAAGGGGCAUAAUGAUUGCCAGUUUUCCAGACUGGAUUUUUGUAUCUGAACUGUUACCGCUAACGCAUUGUUCUCAGAGUUGAUGAAGGACCUCUUUUUUGGUUUAUAGACUUGUCUUUUUAAACCAUGUAUUGGUAACAAAACGACCUACUGUCAUUUCAGGUAGAAUUCAAGAUGGCAGUAUCUUUGGUUGUAUGCUAAACUUAAUGGUUCACAUGACUGUGUGGCGUCUAACUAUAUUGUCUGUUUUUACAGCAUCUCGCUGCCACUAAAUGGACUUGAAUUUGGAGGUUGGGGGAAGUUUGGUAUUGAUAUGUAUAUGUGUGUGUGUGUAUAUAUGUAUUUAUAGAUAAUAAGUGAGUGACUGAGCUAUGCAGUCUUCCCUUAUGCAUGUGUUUUCCACACACAAAUGGCUGAGUUAUCGUCACUAAACAAUUUGCAAUAAAAAAGGAAACACCACCAAACAACAAAAGUGGAUUCAUUGUCAGUUAAAACAGGAAGUAGUUAUUUUUUUAUGACUAGUAUUAUGAUGAGUAAAUGCUUUACAUAGUCUUACUGUAUUCAGACAAAUGUUUAAGAGUAUCAUAAUUUGAGUUUAAAUUUGGACUGAGGUAGAAAUUGUGGGGAGUAGUUUCUUACUUCAUUUUGCAAUAGGACAUGUAUUUUUAGUCAUUCAACUACCUAAGGUGUAAGGUGAAUAGUUUGUGUUUUGUUUUUAUUUUUGGUUCCCUUUAUCUGUCCUUUGUGGUCCCAACGCUCUGAUCAAUAACUGUGUGUGAUGCUAAAUUACAAACUCUUCAAGUGAUCCAGCUGAAAAUCCUCCCUGCUCCCCGCUUGAGCCCCGUUUAGUCAGAGCUCUCUUCAUUCUCUGCAUUACACCAGCCUGAUGGAAGGACACCUAGUCGAGAGAAAUAAAUGUCUGGCCAGUGGCAAUGGUCGUGUCUCUGUUCAGUUGUCCAUGUGUUUGAGUCCAUUCCGUCCUGUGGGAAGCUCGUUUCUGUCAGCUAUUGACUGUCCAGGUUGUUACGUUAUUGGUGUUCGUCACUCUGUGGGUCUCAUGCUUGCUGGCAGUCUGUGACUUCCCAUAACUAGUAGCGGAGUCCUGCACCGUGUCCUCCUUUCCUCUUCAGACAAACAGCCCAGCUUAGUUACGCCAUCCCUUUCCCUUAGCCCAUCUGCAUUGCCCCAGCCCGCCAGGAUUGACAUGCUGUCCGGGAGCAGAUAGUGGUGCUCAGAACCCUCACGCAAGCUUCCACGUCCCCAGGCCUCCAUCGUCAUGACCAGUGUGCUGCUGUCUACGGGUGUGUUUCUGUGCCGUGCUGUGUGUGCAUGCGUCUUUGAUAAAAUAGCUGUUUGAGUAACAGGGUUGGUUGAAGUGGCUUUUAAUUACUUGUGGGCAUUAUUGGACAUCUUACAAGAAUCUGAACUUUUACCAUAUGCUGUAUUUAGGUGACUAAUUUACUUUGAGCAUUACAGUUUUUCUACUAUUAAUUUAGGCAUUCUCACAAUUCUAUGUCAUUAUUAACAUAGUAAGAAUUCACCUAAAUGUUUUAAAAAUAUGAUUUCUUGGCAGAUUUUCCUUUGAGUCAGAUCUGGAACAAAUUAUAUUCCUGGUUUUAAAUUAUUAACUGUAGGAAGCACAUCGGUGUGUGUUUUUUUAAUAUAUAUGUUUUAAUACUACAUUUUGAGAUCUUUGAGACGCUAAAGCACAUUUGAAAUUAUUUUAGUAAGAAUUUUGUUGUACAAGACAUGUUAAAUUCUGUUUUCUUAAUGAAACACAAAGCUUAGAUUUUAAAAAGAGGGAGGACGAAAUGCUGGUGGUCCCAGAGUGUGCUGCUGUUAAUUGUUUAAUUAACAAAGGGGAAAAUGUAUAUAAACAGAUAUAAAAGUUACCAUAAAUUCCAUGAACUUAAAUCUGUGAUUCAUUGCCUUAAAACUUUCUCUCUUAGAAUUUCCAUACCGCAUGCCAAACCAGUAAAAUGGCUUUUAAAAAUGUAUAGUAGACCAAUGUCAGUUUGUAUAAAAGUACCAAGUGAAAAUAUUUAUUACUUGCAUUGGAAAAAAAAUUGUUUACCUAUUAUUGAAUGUUACCUGUUUAUGUAGAGCUCUUUAGAUGUAAUAAAAGAAACUCCUUCAGUUA